AUGCUGCUUCAUCUUGGCAUCAGACCAGUGCUCAUAGUUCCGCCUGCGGAUGCAGCUGGUGAGAUCAUGAAAACAAAUGAUACAAUUUUCUCCAACAGACCCAAGUUGGCAAUUUCUGAUAGGCUUCUCUAUGAAGGGAAAGAUGUGUCUACAGCUCCUCAUGGUGAGCAUUGGAGAAGAAUGAGAAGCAUCUGUGUGCUUCAGCUUUUAAGUAACAAAAGGGUUCAGUCUUUUAGAAGUGUUAGAGAAGAAGAGCUGGGCUUGCUGGUUGAUAAAGUGAAACAGUCUUCUCUGUUGUCAUUGCCUGUGAAUUUGAGUGAGUUGUUUGCUUCACUAACUAAUGAUGUGCUUUGUAGGGUGGCUUUUGGGAAAAAGUAUAGUGGAGAUGAAGGUGCAAGGAAAUUUAAGAAGUUGCUUAGGGAGUUUAUGAUCUUGUUGGGUGGUUUUUAUGUAGGGGAUUUUAUUCCAUGGCUUGGUUGGGUUAGUCAAAUUAAUGGUUUAGAUGCAAGAGUGGAGAAAGUUGCUAAGGAGUUUGAUGAGUUUCUGGAUUCUGUAGUUGAUGAGCAUAUGUGUACUCUUAACAUGAAAGGAGAGAGCUGUGGUGAUAACAUGAGUGUUGAAGGUGAAGAUGGGAAGGAUCUUGUGCAUGUUCUGCUUGAAAUUCAAAAGCAAAACAAGGCUGGCUCUUCCAUUGAUAGGGAUAGCAUCAAAGGAUAUUUUUGGUGGUGGAACUGA